CUUGUGACGUUCCUCGAAUGGCUGUUAACGGCGGGGAUUUUUUUUAAUGAGUUUUGUGUUUAAAUUUAACAAUGCAAUAAUUUGAAUACUAUUUUACUUUGUUGUGUAGCUUUAGAUUUAUUUUUCCGGGAGCAUAAAUAUGUUUUAUUUUUGUAGCUAUCUGCUUUUGUUGUUGGCUCAAACACUGUUGAAACGGAUAUGAGAGUCAUGCUGCUGCGGCACGUCUCCACGCUGGUUGUGUAUUGAAACUUUGAACAAUUACUGUAUCAAAUUUUGACCUGCGGAUUACAUAAAAACAGGAACACUGUUGAAAGAAUACUUUGUAUCUUGAUAGCUACGUUUGUGGGGUUUUUUUUUUUUUUUUUUUUUUUUUUUUUUUUUUUUUUUUUUAAUCAAUACAGUACUAUGCUCAUAUUACUUCCCAAACACUGAAACUGUUUUUUUUUUACCCGGGUAUACAGGGGCCUCAGGCUAGACAGCCGGAGGGAGUGGAUAGUUUGAAUUAAAUAUUUUCAUGUUACCCUGUAACGUAAGCUAAAUUACAUUGACGUUUCACUGGAGAAAGAAAAUGGCGAGCCCUUAUCAGAAUGCCUUGGUUUUAGUUUUGGUUUUAUUUCGUUCUCUAAUUGACUGUUCUGGUGCUUCUAAAUUAAAUCUCCCCAAAGUGUUACUGCCUUUGGCGAGGAGCACCAAGAUAAAUUUCACAUUGGAAGCAACCGAAGGAUGUUACAGAUGGUCCUCUACUAGACCAGAGGUUGCCAGCAUAGAAGCCAUUGACCUGGAUGCUCGUCACUGUUCACAAAGAGCUGUUCUGCAAGCACGCUCCACCCAGCCAACUCGACUCACCAGUAUUAUAUUGGCUGAAGACGUAUUGACUGGCCAAGUACUGCGCUGUGAUGCGAUCGUGGACAUUAUUAGUGUGAUUCAGAUUGUUUCCACUACCCGUGAGCUUUACCUGGAGGAUUCGCCGCUGGAACUGGCCAUUCAUGCGUUAGAUUCUGAAGGAAAUACUUUUAGUACAUUGGCAGGGUUAGUGUUUGACUGGACCAUUGUAAAAGAUGCAGAGACUACUAGCUUCUCAGACUCCUACAAUGCGCUGCGAAUACUCAAGUUUUCAGAAUCUACAUACACUCCUCCAGCCUAUAUUUCAGAAAUGGAGAAAGUUGGCAAACAAGGAGAUACAAUGUUGGUAUCCGGAAUUAAAACUGGAAAUUCCAAACUGAAAGCUAAAAUACAGGAGUCAUUAUACAAGAAUGUGCCAGCAGCAGAAGUGAGGCUCCUAAUCUUAGAAAACAUACUGCUUCACCCUGCGUGUGAUAUUUACCUGCUGGUGGGAACUUCCAUUCAGUACAAGGUUCAGAAGAUGAGGCAAGGAAAGAUUACAGAGCUAGCAAUGCCUUGUGAUCAGUAUGAGCUGCAGCUUCAGAACAGUGUUUUUGGCCCAGAUGGAGACCCCCACCGCCAAUUGGCAAAACUGGACAGAGCAACAUCCACUGUCACUGCCCUUCAACAAGGACAGGCAAACAUUGUCCUUGACUACAAAAGUAUUCGUAUGCAGGGAGCUUCCAGGUUGCCAAACAGCACACUCUAUGUUGUGGAACCAGGAUAUUUAGGGUUUCGAAUUCAGCCAGGCGACAGAUGGGUCCUGGAAACAGGGAGAGAGUAUGAAAUUCAGAUUGAUGUGUUUGAUAAAUCCAGUCAUAAGGUUUACUUGUCUGAUAAUAUCAGGAUUGAUGCUGACAUUCCGAAAGAGUAUUUUAAGGUUCUGGAGUCCUCUGUGAAUGGAUCGUACCACCGUGUGAAGACCUUGAAAAAGGGACAGGUGUUAAUAGAUGGCGCCCUCACUUCUGUGGUCGACCAGGAUGGAGGAGUCCAUGUUCUACCAGCCCCAGUUCGUAACCAACAAGAUGUUGACAUUUUUAAUCCCAUAGUUCUCGCACCAAGGAUUUUGACGUUCCCAUGGCAACCGAACACCGGCGCUUAUGAGUACUUAAUAAAAGCAGAAGGUGGAAGUGGAAAUUUUACUUGGUCUUCCUCCAACCAUGCAGUUGCAACAGUGACAGUGACAGGAGCCAUGACAACUGGCAGUGAUAUAGGUGUCAGUGUUGUACAGGCGCACGAUGUUCAGAACCCACUGCAUUAUGGAGAGAUGAAGGUUUAUGUGAUCGAGCCCAUUGGGAUGGAGUUUGUUCCCUGUCAAGUUGAGGCUCGGGUUGGACAAAUGCUUGACCUUCCUCUCAGGAUUUUCGGCCUGCUAAAUGUGGAGACCAAUGAAAGGGUAACUCUGAGUGACUGCUCCCAUUUUGACUUGGUUGUGGAGUUGGAGAACCAGGGUGUCUUCAGCCCAUUGGAAGGGAGACUCCAGCCAGGCCAAGACUAUUGCAGUGGAGUAAGAGUACAUGCCGAAGCGCCGGGCUACACAACGCUCCAUGUUAGUUACACACACGGCCACGUUCGCCUGAGUGCCAAAAUCACCAUUGCCACCUAUCAACCUCUUAAAGCCAUUGAUCCUGUCGCUGUUGCUCUGGUGACACUUGGCUCCUCUAAAGAUAUGCUAUUCGAAGGAGGACCAAAACCGUGGGUCCUGGAGCCAUCCAAAUUCUUCAGGAACCUCACAGCAGAAGAUGCUGAUAGUGUCCAUCUGACUCUUUUUGGUCCUGCAUCAAGAAACUACUUUCAGCACUGGGUUCGAGCAACCUGCAUAUCUCUGGGAGAACAGAUUUUGGCUAUAACCGUUGGAAACCAGCCCAGUUUAACGAACCCCUUUCCUGCCGUAGAGCCAGCAGUUGUCCAGUUUGAGUGUGCACCUGCUUCCCGGCUCACCCUGGUUCCUGUCUACACCAAUCCGCAGCUUGAUAUCUCCUGCCCUUUGCUGCAGCAAAACAAACAAGUGGUACCAGUUUCAAACUAUCGCAAUCCUAUAUUGGACUUGGCUGCUUAUGAUCAACAAGGCCGCAAGUUUGACAACUUCAGUUCGCUCAGUAUUUUCUGGGAGUCGACGAAGGUCUCUUUGGCCAGUAUAGAACCCACUAUGCCAAUGGUCCUGUCCCUAAAGGAGGAUGAAAACGGACAGAAGAAGCUUCAUGGUCAGCAAACCGUGCUGGUUCAUCGUGAGUCAGGGAUGAGUGCUGUCACUGUGACUGCUGCAGGGUAUCAAGCGUCACACCUUAAUGCAGCCAAAGUGCAUAAUGUGCAUGACCGUCCAACACCUGUGUCUGCUACUGUUGAACUGUUGCUGGUUGAAGAUGUGAAAGUGAGCCCUGAAGUCAUCACAAUAUAUAACCAUCCUGGGGUUAGGACAGAACUUGCUCUAAGAGAGGGAUCUGGGUAUUUCUUUGUCAACACCAGCACUGGUGGUAUAGCGAAUGUAGCUUAUCAAGAAGCAAAGGGGAUUGCAGAGGUGCUUCCAGUACGGCCAGGGUUUUUAACAGUGAUGGUACAUGAUUUGUGCCUGACAUUUCCAGCUCCUGCCAAAGCUGCAGUACACAUUUCUGAUAUUCUUGAAAUUUACGUAAGAGUGGUUGACAAGGUAGAGAUUGGGAAAUCGGUAAAAGCCCAUGUCAGAGUGCUGGAUGAUAACAAGAAGCCCUUCCUGGCUAAAUAUUUCGCUUUCAUGGACUUGAAGCUUAAAGCAGCAUCUCAGAUCAUUUCUUUGGUACCCAUUGGUGAAAGUUUGGAAAAUGACACCGCAGCUUUCCUAGUCCAAGGUGUGGCCAUAGGACAGACCAGUCUGUCUGCAAUUGUGCUGGAUAAAGCUGGCAAAAGGAUUAGUUCCACACCACAGCAAAUUGAAGUAUUUCCACCUUUUAGAUUAAUUCCAAGGAAGGUUACUUUAAUUGUAGGUGCUAUGAUGCAGAUUACAUCUGAAGGAGGUCCCCAGCCUCAGUCUAACAUCAUUUUUUCCAUUGGUGAUCAGAAGAUUGCCUCUGUAAAUGGUGUUGGGCAUGUCCGAGGGAUUGCUGUUGGGAACGUGACUGUAACUGGAGUAGUGCAAGCUGUUGAUGCAGAAACUGGAAAGCUUGUUGUGAUUUCACAGGAUAAAGUGGAGGUUGAAAUAGUGCAGCUGAAAGCCAUUCGAAUCCGUGCACCCAUAACAAGAAUGAAGACUGGUACUCGGAUGCCGGUAUAUGUGAUGGGGAUAACCAGCAGCCAGACUCCAUUUUCUUUUGGCAGUGCUCAACCUGGACUGACUUUUCACUGGUCUGUCACCAAGAGGGAUGUCCUGAAUAUCCAGACUCGCCAUUCUGAAGCUUCCUUGCAGCUUGCAGCAGAAGACAACUUCUCUAUGAAUGUGUAUGGAAGAGCAAAGGGAAGAACGGGUUUGAGAGUUGUGGUGAGAGCAAUAAAUCCUGCUGCUGGACACUUGGAAGGCAAUGUGAAAGAACUUUCAGAUGAGCUACAGAUCCAGGUUUUUGAGAAACUGCAUUUGCUCAAUCCAGAAGUAGUGGCUGAAGAGAUAUUAAUGUCUCCAAACUCUUUUUUGAAACUUCAGACUAACAGGGAUGGUGUUGGUUCUCUCAGUUAUCAAGUGCUGGACUGCCCUGACAAGGCAGCUUUAAUUCAGGUGGACAAGACUGGUCUGCUCACUUCUGGUUCUCUCACUGGCACGUCAACCCUGGAAGUUAAUAGCCAAGAGCCAUUUGGAGUUAACCAAACCAUUGUUGUUGCUGUUAAGGUCUUCCCAGUCUCUUACCUGAGGAUCAACACCAGUCCUGCCCUGUACAUGUCUAACAAAGAGACGCAGACAGCUCUUCCACUAGGAGCAACACUCACCUUCACCGUUCACUUCCAUGACAAUGCGGGGGAAAUCUUUCAUGCACAUAAUUCAGUGCUCACCUUUGCCACCAACAGGGACGACCUGGUUCUUGUUGGGAAGGGGUUGACUAACAGCACCUUUGUGGUUCGCACGGUGAACGUGGGACGCUCUUUGCUGGGGGUGUGGGACAAUGAGCAUACUGGAAUAGCUGAUUACGUGGCCCUUCCUGUACAGCACGCCAUCUUCCCUGACUUGGCUGAAGACCUGGUAGUUGGUGAUGUCAUCUGUUUCCGCUCUACGCUGGUGAAUCAAGAAGGUCUUUCAGGAACGUGGAGUUCUUCCUCUGGAAGUGUCCUUCAAGUCGACCCGAAGACAGGUGCAGCAGUAGCUAGAGAAGCAGGGGCGGCAACAGUUUAUUAUGAAAUCCCUGGCCUGCUGAAAACAUACAGAGAGGUGCUGAUCGUUGGUGCUGAGAGGACAACUCUUAAGACGCAAACGUCUGGAGCAAUGAACAAUGCAGGAGGGGAUGGUGCUUCUAGAGUACUGGUCACUACUCGUGAAAAAGGAAGCAAUUUAAUAGGACCGUGUUCCUCGGCUCAGGGUGAAGCCAUCGGCGAGUUGCACCCAGAGUCUAUCAUCAGCUGCCAGCUUCAAUUUAGCAAUUCUGCGCUUGAAUUCCCUGCACAUGAUGUAUUUGUUGCACAACCUGGAUUUGAUGAAAACACAGGUUUCUAUACAUGCUCUAUCCACAUGCAGAGUCUGAGUGACCAGCAUCUGAAAGCCCUGAGCAUGUCCAGACCAGACCUGAUAGUUAAAGCUGUGGUGCAAGGGAGCCACUUCUCUGGAGAGCAGAUCAGCGCCCAGCUGCCCUUCAACCCUGGAUUCUACGCUGACCAAACGGAUAUCCUUUUGAGUAACCAGCACAUUGCCACUGAUGUUACAGUAUAUGGAGCUGCUGAGAUCCUCAGCAAUUUGGAGGUGAAGUCUGAAUCGCCUGUCAUCAUUGUCCAAGAGAAGGAAGCUUCCUCUGGUCUGCCCAGCUUUGUGAAGUACACUGUCAGCAUAACCGACUCAAGGCUUGUUUCUCAGGGAGCUGUAUCGACAAGGCUGACCAUAUCCAGUCCACUGACAGAACAGUCUAUUAUCAUUCCUGUGACAGUGAUACAUGUAGCUGAUAGGAGCACUGCAAUGCAAGCUGGUUCCACAAUGGCAGGCUCUUGGGAGGGAGCAGGGAUCUUCCAGCACUUCAUUGACUCCUAUCAAGUGAUGUUCUUCACACUCUUUGCACUGCUUGCUGGGACUGCUAUAGUUAUCAUUGGCUGCCAUGCAUUCCUCUCACCAAGGGAGCAAGUUUAUCAUCCAGCAUUUAUACAGAAAACACCAACUCAACCAGGUUACACUUCACCCACCUUAAGCCCAUUCAGUGACAGAAGCCCACCUACUAACCUGAGAAGCAGUCCACAGAUCCGCCUGUUCAGUACAGACUAUGAAUCGCACUAAUCUUUUAAACCCUGGGAUGAUGAGCGUGUAUGUAGGAUACUUGACCCAAGAAAAGAACAGUGCCUUUUAAGAAUAAUCAAACUUCUUUUAAGAUUUAUUUUGCAUGUUUCUUUUAGUUGUUAAAUUGCUUUUUUAUUGCUUUUUUUUUCUUUUAUUCCUUUAUUGCAUUACAAGUUGUAUUUAUGAAGCAGGUUUCUAUACCAUGCUAACCGGUGAGGUGCUUUGCUUUUAAUCCUGUACUUGCUUUGCAUAGACGAUACAGUAUAACGUGUUGCCGGCCUUUGUUCAAAGCUGUGGUAAAACUUAAUGUGAACAUGAAUGUUUGUGAAUAUUGAAACUCAGGUACUUGUUGCACUGAAAAACACCACAGUUGAAUACAAACUUUUAAAAUUAACUGUACAAGGUAGAAAAUACAGUGAAGCCAUCUGUAAAUAAUGGCAUUUUUUAUCUUGCUCUUCAGUGAAUAAAAGUAGCAUUUCAUAGGUGUGCAUGUAUAGUGAACACAUUAUCCAUCCUUUGAAGAUUCCUCAUACUUGCUGUAAAUGUUAUUGUACCUCAUUCUGUUCACACAGAUCCAGGGGUUCAAACAAAAAACAAAAGCACGCUGUUGUGCACAUAGUAAUCUCACAUGAUUGAUACGUGUAUUCCAUAAAAGCUGCAUCAAUCUCCCUGUUCAACUUUGUCACAAUGAACAAAACAACAUUUUGACAAAGGCUGAUUUUAGGAGCUCCGUGCAAGUCUGCAACAGUUACUCAAAGUGAAGGUACAUUCUUGCUCAGGUUGGCAGUCGGCAAUGGUUUUCUAGUAAAAGUCAUGCUGUCCUGGCUGCCUGUAUUACGAUAUGAAUCAGAGACAGACGGUCAGUAUGUAACUAUUGGCACAUUUAAAGUCAAAGUAAUAUUUGGUUUUAAGAGCGUGUUCUUUUUAUCUGCUAACAGAGAGAAUUGCAGCAUCUUAAGGAAUGUGCUGAAUUCAUGUGUGCCUCAUUCUUGAACCUUUUCUGCAGCUUUAUAUGGUCUGUGGAAGCUUGUUAAAUGUGAAUGAUACAGUGUAACUAAGUAAUUUAAGUGGCUUUCCUUUUUUUUUUUAUUUCAAAAUUCUAAAUGACCAGAACUAAAAUGUCUGGUGAGGCUCACCUUAAAAUACUACUUGACUUUCAGAAGAGCCUUGGCUAUCCUUGAAAAGACUUAUUCACAAUGAAAUAAAUGAGAAGAAAAUCUCAGCCCUUGUUUUAUAUUCAGGGCCCAAUAGUAUAAUUUUCACAAAACUUAGGUUACGUGGUGUGUUUUUUUUGUUUUGAAUUUUUUUUUUUUUUUACCAUCAUUGCAUGCAGAAAAAUGACUUGCAAGAAGCUAUACUUUUGUCUUUUUGUUUUGUGAAUGAAAAGUUUUCGGAUUUUGAAGACAUGCCUUAAUCCCAAUUUAAACCUGACAAUAAGUUCAUUUGGACUGGCAGGUUUUUGUAUGUCUUAUUUCAUUAAAAUCCUUUUGUAAAAAGUA